CUGUGACUCUUUUAGGCGCAAAACGGACCGACACCGUGUGUUUACUCUGCAGAUUAUUGGGCUUUUUUGGGCUAGCAGCACUGCACUACCACCUAUUUCCUCCUAACAAGAUGGCAGCCCACUUCGAGAAGACGUGUUCGGUUAUUUCCAACGGAGUUGUGCCCGUAAACAAGUACAGAUCCACCCGCACAGGGUUGCAGGUAUUCAUUGCACAAGUUGAGGGACCGCUAGUGAAUGGAUUCUUCUGUCUAGCUACGGAGGCACAUGAUGAUGAUGGUUUGCCCCACACACUGGAGCAUCUCAUUUUCCUUGGAAGCGAGAAAUAUCCAUACAAGGGUGUAUUGGACAUGCUCGCUAACCGGUGCCUUGCUCAGGGUACCAAUGCCUGGACGGACACCGACCACACUUGCUACACUGUCAUGACAGCGGGGAGCCAGGGGUUUCUCAACUUACUGCCAAUCUACUUGGACCAUGUUCUCUACCCAACACUCACUGAUGCUGGUUAUGUGACGGAGGUACAUCAUGUCAAUGGAGAGGGCGAAGAUGCAGGUGUUGUGUAUUGCGAGAUGCAGGCUAGGGAAAACAGUGGAGAAAGUCGCUCACAUCUGGCCAUGCUGAGAGCCAUGUACCCUGGCCACUGUGGCUAUAAGUCUGAGACUGGAGGCAUCAUGAGCAACUUGAGGACCAGCACCUCCAACGCCAAGGUGAGGCAGUACCACAAAGACUUCUACCGGCCAGACAAUCUGUGUCUCAUCAUCACUGGCCAGGUCACACCAGAGGAGGUGUUCAAAGCACUUGAGCCGUUCGAGGAGAAAAUCAUGGCCAAGGGUGCGUUGUCCCCCUAUGUGCGCCCCUGGCAGACCCCAGUUCCACCUCUGACGGAGAGCGUCGUUCAGACUAUGCCUUUCCCGUCAGAUGAUGAAGCCAACGGUAUGGUGUAUAUGGCGUGGCGGGCACCAAAAGCCAAGGACCUGUACGCCAUGGCUGCUUUACAGGUGCUGAUGGAAUACUUGACUGACACCUCAGUUGCGCCCCUGCAGCGGGACUUUGUAGAGAUUAAAAAUCCUUUCUGCAGCAAGGUUCGGUACUCCGUCAUCGAAGCAUCUGAAUCUUGUGUGUACAUCAAGUUUGACAACGUUCCUAAAGACAAACUGUCAGACAUCAAGGACAGACUUUUUGCCACCCUGGAGGGCAUGGCAUCGGGUAAAGAGGCCGUGGACAUGGAGCGAAUGGCUAGCGUUCUGCAUCGCCGCAUCUUGGAAUGCCUCAACCACAUGGAGGAGAGACCUCAUGACACCUUCGCCUUCAUGGGCAUUGGGGACUUCCUCUACUGCGACACCAUGGAUGAGCUGGAGCAGCGCUUGAAUCAAGUUGAGAACUACAAGAAACAAGUCAAGGAAUCAGACAGCUUCUGGAAGGAACUUCUGAAACGCUACUUCAUCUCGGCUAAAUCUGUCACGAUUCUGGGAGAGCCCAGCCAGAAACUAGCCGAAUCCAUGAUGGAGGAGGAAAAACAGCGCAUUGCUAAGCAACAAGAGGAGCUGGGGGAGGCGGGGCUGAAGAAGGCGGCGGAUGUCGUCCUGAAGGCGACAGAAGACAACGAGACGGAGCCUCCGGUGAACAUGAUCAGCUCCUUCCCGGUUCCUGGCACUGAUUCCAUCCAUUUCCAUCCAAUCAAUCGUCAUAGCAACCUCCUUGGCAACCAGGAGGCUGGUGGAGCAGAGGUGAUGGACCUGAAGCAGAUCCCUUUCACGUUUCAGCUGGAUGACGUCCACACCAACUUUGUGCUAUUCUCCGUUUUGCUGGACACCUCUUCUGUUCCUGCCGACCUGAAGCCCUAUCUACCACUGUUCAUGGAAAUCAUCUUUGAGUCACCAGUAAUGCGGGAUGGAGUGCUGAUACCUUAUGAGGAUGUCGUAACACAGUUAGCCGCUGACACCCUCUCCACUGAGUCAAGUCUAGGCUUCAAGGGUGCCAGAUUCCGCUGUGGACAGUUCUCACAGUUGGCUCUCAUUGAAGUUAAGGUCGAGGUGGAAAAAUACACUAAGGGGGUGCAGUGGCUUCAGGAAUUGCUGUACCAGACGCAAUUUGUGGCCGAUCGGCUGAAGAUUGUGGCCAACAAGAUGACCAAUGACGUCGCUCGACUAAAACGAGACGGCCGGACUGUUGCCGUGGCAGCCCUUAGGGAACUGAAUUACGUCAAAGAGAGUAAUUUCCAUGUUACUAGCAUGAUGCGGCAGCAGAAAUUCCUUUCCAGUGUGGUGGAAACACUGGACAAGGAUCCUGUGUCGGUCAUCGAGGACAUGAAGAGUCUGCGUGAGGUCUUGACCUCGCCCGACAACCUCCGCAUCCACAUGGCCGCCGACAUGAAGAAACUGAAGGAAGCCGGGGAUGUUCAGUUGCCAUGGCAACAACACUUUGUCGGGAAGAACAUCAAGGCCCAAAGCAAAUGUGACAAGUUGGGCAAGUUUGCCAGCCAGCUCCUGUGCCCAGCCUCCUCCGAUGCCCCUCUGGGUACCAUUGUGGGCGUGGGCUCAGUGGAAUCUGCCUUUCUGAUCCAGACAGUGCCUUGUGUCAGCAGUUUCAGCGAUCCGGACCUCCCUGCCCUCAUGGUGUACAUGGAGUGCCUGUGUGCUCUCGAGGGUCCGAUGUGGAAGCAGAUCCGUGGUCUGGGCUUGGCCUACCACUAUCGCAUGUACUGCCGUCCAGAGGAAGGCCUGCUGUACUUCCAGCUCUUCAAGUGCACCCACGUGGUCAACGCCUACAAGCAAGCUUUGGAGAUUGUUGAGGGUUACUUGAGUGGCCAAACGACCUUUGACCCCGUCCAGCUAGAGACAGCCAUCAGCAGCGUCCUGUACGAAGUGAUAGAGAGAGAGGAGACAGUGGCCUCCACUUCGCACGAGUCUUUGCUAAGCUACUUCAGGGAAACAGACCAGAACUACAACAGGAAUCUUUUGUCGCAUAUCACCAUGGUGACGGUGGAGGACUUGAUGCGAGUGGGAGAGAGGUACAUGCAGCCACUCUUUGACAGCGGCAAGUCUCGUUGCGCUGUCUGCUGCCAGCCGUCCAAACUGGAUGAGAUCAAGGAGGGUUUCAAGACUUUUGGGCGCGAGUUGACCGUCAUGCCGUCCUUGGAGGAAGGUUUUCUGUGAAGGAUGAGGUAAUUCCUGUAACAUCUGUUGAGGAACGAUAUAACAUUGAUAGUUAGUUUGCUUCCUGUGGCUUGGUGCCAUGUGUCCAGGAAAGGAUUUUACCUCCAGUAUUUUUGCAUACCCAUUAAACUGGGUCAUUGAUCAUGAAUUGUGCACAAAAUUUAGAGACUACAGACACAAAACUUUCCGAGGUUUUUUGUAAGUUAAUCUUGUUGCACUGUGACACUUGAUAGCCAUAUUUUCAUGGUAGACACCUUGUUUGCUAGCUAUAUUUCAAGAGCAACUAUCUAUAUAUUUUGCAUUACUUUACAGAAACAGAGUCUUGAUAUAAAAAUCAACGUAUGUAGCAGUUUGUACUUUUUUCUAUUACAAAAAGUGGGCAGUGUUUUGCCAGCAAUUUCAAAGCAACUUGAUUUUUUCCCCCGCCUGUUUAAGGCCAGUGCAAUGCUAUGAUACAAGUAUACUGACUUUUGAGAUCUUCUAGAACCAUAAGUGAAUUUCCUUGCUGCAAAUCCGCCACGACGACUGUCAAUUGAGUAAUAACAUGUAGUCGAACUUUAAAUUUCAUUCAAAAAAAUAAAUAAAUAUGGAAAUAUCGGUAGAUCCAACAAGUAGUUUGACUGAUGCAGAUCAGACAAGCUGUGGCUUUCUUCAGCUCUACAAAUAAACGAUCACUUGUGCGUGAACAUUU